AUGUCGCCCGCCGAUUCUUUACCCUUUGCUUUUCUUCCAUCCUCUUUUCGUUCUUUUUGUUCUUCAUCGCCUCCUUCACUUUUCUUCCCCGUCCUUCGUCGUGGCCUGGCUGUGGUCAUGGUCGAAGCAAGUAGCAAAAAGGCCGAGGAGUGGCAGAGAUACUACACUGCCGGGCCCCAUCUUGCUGGCAAAAACUACUCCCAGGCACUCUGGACAAAGGAAAAGUGGGAAGAAUUUGGUGUCCAGUCACACAUCGUCGACUACGAGGUCUACAUUAACUACCCAGUCGACCAUCGCCUGGCCCUCCUUAAUAAGGAUGACAAGAAGAACGACAGCAGCUCGGACAACUGGCGGGUUUCUUUUGAAGCCACUCUUGAAGAGGACAUCCUCGACGAGGAUCCGAGCACAAGUUUGCCCGACAGAGUCCCCGUCUUCCACGGUUAUUCUGCUUCCGGCAACGUCACCGCACCCGUGGUCUACGUCAACUACGGCACGUACCAGGAUUUUGAGGACCUGCUCAAGGCCAACGUCAGCCUUGCUGGGAAGAUCGCCAUUGCUCGUUAUGGCCUCAUCUUCCGUGGGCUCAAGGUCAAGAGGGCGCAGGAGUUGGGGAUGAUCGGCGUUAUCAUCUUCACUGAUCCCGGUGAAGAUGGUGAAAUGACUGAAGAGAACGGCUACGCUCCUUACCCCGAAGGACCGGCUCGUCAACCUAGCAGUGUCCAGCGGGGAAGUACCCAAUUCCUCAGUGUUGCUCCAGGCGACCCGACAACGCCGGGCUAUCCUUCCAAACCCGGUGUCCCUCGGGGGCCGGUUGACGGAGCUAUUCCCAGCAUACCCUCGAUCCCUCUCUCUUACGCCGAAGCUCUUCCUAUUCUCAAGGCCCUCAAUGGCCAUGGUCCCAAGGCUUCGGAUUUCAACAAGUGGUGGACUGCUCGGACUGGUCUAGGCCACAAGGGCGUUCAUUAUAACAUUGGACCGACGCCGGAUGACGUUGUUGUGAACCUAUACAACGAGCAGGAAUACGUUACUACUCCUUUGUGGAACGUUAUCGGCAUCAUCAACGGUACGAUUCCGGAUGAGGUGAUUGUUAUCGGCAACCACCGCGAUGCUUGGAUUGCGGGCGGUGCUGGUGAUCCGAAUAGCGGCUCUGCAGUUCUCAACGAGGUUAUCCGUUCCUUCGGAGAAGCUUUGCGUCUUGGCUGGAAGCCCUUGCGUACUAUCGUCUUUGCUAGCUGGGAUGGUGAAGAAUACGGUCUUGUCGGAUCUACCGAAUGGGUUGAGGAGUAUCUUCCCUGGUUGAGUGCCGCCAAUGUUGCCUAUCUAAACAUCGACGUCGGCGUCCGGGGUAAGGUCUUCUCAGCCUCUGCCGCUCCUCUCCUCAAUAGCAUCAUCUACUCCGCCACCGGAGCCGUCGAGUCCCCCGACCAUCCGGGCCACUCCAUCCUCGAGAAGAAUUGGGACAAGAAGAUCGACACCAUGGGAAGCGGCAGCGAUUUUACCGCCUUCCAGGACUUCGCCGGCAUCCCUUCCCUGGACGUUGGUUUCGGCGCUGGCAAAGACGACCCGGUCUACCACUACCACAGCAACUACGACAGUUUCUACUGGAUGAAGAAGUACGGUGACCCAGGGUUCGUCUACCACCGGACCAUGGCCCAGAUCUUCGGCCUCCUUAUCGCCGAGCUCGCCCAUCCUCCUGUGCUCGCUUUCAGCGCCGAGAGCUACGCUACGGCGCUAAACGGCUACGUCACCCAGGUAGAAGACAAGCUGAACGCCGUGCUCCACCCACUCAAGGAGGAGGAGGAGGUCGACAUCUCUACCCUCACCGAGCAGGUCAUUUCCGAGUUGCGCGGCAAUCACUACAACAGCAGCAGCAGCAGCACUGCCAUUACAUCCAGCACCUCCAAGGCCGCCGUAAAGGCCUUCCGGGACUCUUUCAAGCGUCUCCACGACGCAGUUGACAAGCUAACGGAAAAGGCCGCCCGCCUCGACGCCGAAGCAGAGGACCUCAGGAGCCAGGCACGCGAGCACAUCCCGUGGUAUCACUGGCACCAGAAGAUCAAGUUGGGGUAUCAGAUCCGCAAGGUUAACACCAAGUACAAGUAUAUCGAGAGGAACUUUUUGUUCAGCCAAGGGUUAGAUGGGAGACCGUGGUUCAAGCAUGUGGUGUUUGCGCCGGGGUUGUGGACUGGGUAUUCUGGAGCGGUGUUCCCUGGGCUCGUUGAAAGCAUCGAUGCGAGGGAUUGGAGUAACGCCGAGAGAUGGGUAGAUAUCAUUGAGGCUUGCAUUAAAAAUGCGGCGAGGAAGUUGUGACUUGAUGAUUGGAAAGAGUAGGUACCUCUAGGUAAGGUGAUGGGUACCUAAGUUCAAACCAAACCGCUUUGGGGUCUCGGUGUAUAUAUGGUCUCAAAUUGUCGACGUUGCCAUUCAGCGAACAUUGAGCGAGACAUGAUGUUCACACAGGUUAUUGCAAACGACAACCACAUAUCUUGAAUGAAGGACUAUAUCCUCUC